AUGUACUGCAAAGAAAGAUUUUGGGCUAAACAAGGGAUGAAGGUUCUGUUGGAGUGCAUUUUCAACUCUGGUGUGGCUGAAAAUGAUACUAUUAAGUGUCCUUGUGCACAAUGUCGGAACUACUUUAGGCAUAUAAGAUACACUAUAGAGAUGCAUUUGUGUAGGCAUGGUUUUAAGGAAGACUAUGAAACUUGGACUGAGCAUGGUGAGGGGCUGAUUUCACAUGAUGGAUAUGAUGGUGUGGGAAAUAGAGAGGGCACUGAUGAAGUUGAUCUGAUGGAUCAAAUGUUGGUUGAGCUUGCUAGGCACCAUCCACCUAUACUGGAUGCUGAACCAUCAGCAUAUGCCAAAGCUUUCUAUAGGAUGGUUGCUAGUGCAGAUGAGUUAGUGCAUGAUAGAACCACACACUCACGCUUGUCUGUUGUGAAGCUCGCUUGUUUCUUUGUGAAGUCAUGGUACAACAUGUCCAUCGCAGAAUAUGAUGAUAUACUAGGCAUAGUACAUGAACUCCUUCCUCCUGACUCCAAGUUACCUAAUGACUUCUACCAAUCUAGGAAAUUAUUAGAGGGUCUUGGUAUGCAAUAUAUCAAAAUUGAUGUUUGCUAUAACAAUUGCAUGCUAUUCUACAAAGAUAACAAGGACAAAGAUAAAUGUGAUUUUUGUGGUGCUAAUCGGUGUAUCCAAAAACUUAGGAAAAAAGUAAGAAAUAAGGCUCGUGUUGAGGCUGGCAUUGUUGAGGCAUUUCUUGUUGAAGAGGCUGCAAAUACACUAAGUCUAUAUUUUAGACCCCAUGCUCCAUCUGUUAGAAAUAAGGUGCCUCGCUAUGAUGAUUGUGCAUCUUCAUUUCAAGGUACAUGUGACCUUGACAUUUUUAAAUGCCCGAGUCAUUGCAUGAGCCCUAGAGGUGUUCGUGAACUCUCAAACAAGGAGUACAAGGUUGCUUUUCUAUACAUAUUGACAAACAUGCUGGAGAUGGAUGAUUUCUUCACGCACUUCGAUAAUGAACAGUGGAAGAGCUGUAUAGCUCCCACAGACCAGCAACGUCGUGAUUUAAGGUUAAAUGGUUGGAAAAAUAGCCGUGGUAUACAAUCUGGUCCAAAUUUUUUUGAUUGGUUCAAAGAGCAAUGCUUGAGAACAGCUAGCAUUCACAAUGCUCUGUUCCAAAUGUCCUAUGGUUACUGCCCUCGAGUUAGGUCCUAUGGGUGUUAUGAUGUCAAUGGCUAUAGAUUUCGUUCAAAGAAAUAUGAGAGUGGAAGAGUAGGGCUAACAACUAUCAAUAGUGGCGUUUGUGUAACUUCUUUUGAUGAAUCAGACAAUGCUCUAGAGUAUUAUGGAAUCAUAGAAGAUAUAAUUAAAAUUGAGUGGGAAGGCAGCAUGAAACUAGAGUUGGUGUUGUUUUAUUGCUCCUGGUUUGAUCCAACACACAAUGGAUUGAGGCGUAUUGAAGAUCUAGGCUUGGUAGAGAUCAAUCAUACAUUAAGAUUAUCAAAUUUUGACCCAUUUGUGAUGGCUAGUCAGGUUACUCAAGUGUACUAUCUGUCAUACCUGUGUAAGAACAGAGAGUUGUCUUCAUGGUGGGUUGUCUACCAUGUUGCUCCACAUGGAUGUGUGCCUAUGAAUGAAAGCAGUAGUGAAGCUAUGAAUAUGGAAGGGGUAGUGCAGGAUGUCUACCAAGCGGAUGGUUUGGAUGGCACCUUUGUCAUUGAUUUGAGUGAUGCCUUGGACUCCUUAAUUGCAACGGGAUCAGAUGAGGUUACUCACCCAAAAGACUUGGAAGCAAUACAGAAACAAGUUGUUCUGGAUGAGGAAUAUGAUGAAGAAGCUAUUGAAGAAGAGAAAGAGAUGGAAGAGGAUGAUGAAGCAAUGGAUGAAGAAGAUGAAGAAACUUAUGAUCCAAAUGAUUUUUGA